UCAUCAAUAAACUACUGGUGCGCUAUCCGUCCUUAUCUAUUAUUUUUAGACUAUUAAUACUCUAUCUGAGUAUUCAGUGUAUAGUAUAUGAGAGACAGAAAUUGUCGGAUAAUUGUCACUCACUCUAUACUCUGUGUGGAGUGGCAUAUAUCAAGUUGGGAACUGUAUGUUCUUAAAUAGUAUACCAAUAUAUAUGUGCUGUUAAUAUAGUGGCAGUCAUUGGGAAUUGGGGUUAAGGUUUCGCCAGCGAGAGAGAGCACCGGCUGUUCAUGCGAUUCACACUCACCACUGCCUUAACCGCCACUCAAUAUAUCUGAAGUGAUAUUCAAUAGGAAUUGUCGAAUAGAAAAUCGACUCCAAAAUCAUAAUCAAAAAGUUGUUUUCAAUUCAUUCAUAACGCGAUUCUCACGCAUAACUGUCAAAACGUCAGUCAAUACAUGAAUAUAUAAUAAGUUUUUAAAUAAUAAUUGAAACAAAAGUAAUAAAAACUUGUAUGCGGUGUACGUGAGGGUGAGUGGUCAGUGUGCGCACCGGGACCCGCGGCAUACCAACCCCUAUCGUCAUCUCCCGUAAUAAUAAUGACUUUAUGCCCGAAACCACACGAGGGGUAUGGCUUUCAGACGCCCCGCGCGCCCAGAGUUAAUACUCGCGCUCAUAAUUAUCAGCUAUUCAUAUGUGGUGCUGAACACGAAUCAGCGGCCGCCUGGUUAGCCGCGGCCACCAACGCCUGUGCCAACACUGGGCCGGGAGGCAAGAAACUCGAGGAACGGCAGCCGCAGACCGUACAGCCCCUGGGCUACAAAAACGACCGGCGCAUACGGCGCACCUCCAUAUUACGGCAAUGCCCGCCCAACAUGUACGCAGAGCUCGACCCGUCGGCGCCCACAUCGCCCACCGAGAAGAAGAACGUUCGGUUCGCCGACUCCAUGGGCGGCCAACUCGAGUCAAUCAAGUACUUCGCUAUAUCGCCGCAACCGGUACGCCGGCGCCACUCGACCAUAGCAGCGCCCACCUUCCUGUACAACCAGCUCUACAAUAAGGCGCCGGUUGUCGAGGACUACGCCAACGGACGCAAGUGUUCGCUAAUACCGGCCAACUUUGGCAACCCCUCCCUCCGGGCGGACUUCAACGCCCGAGUGGAACGCCUAUCCGUGUCGUUGCACUCGGUGUCCACCGCCGACACGACGAUCUACGGCAUUAUAGCCGUACGCAACCACUCGUUCAUUAAGCGGGUGUACGUACGCUAUACGCGCAACGACUGGCGCACGUACGUGGAGGUGGUGGCCAACUAUAUGCUGGGCUCCCACGAGGGUCACGCCGACAAGUUCUCGUUUGCCAUCUACUCAAAGCCCCAGGAGUUUGUGGCGGCCCUGCGAGCACCGGCCACACCCACGGCACCGGUACCUCCGUUUCACCCGCGCCUCUACUUCGCCGUACGCUAUCAGACGGGCGAUGGGCGCGAGUUUUGGGACAAUAACGACGGCGCCAACUAUUGCCUCAACUUUUUGGUCACCGACUAUGUGUGUAAUCUGAAUACGAGACCCGGGGCCUAAUUGUUUGCUCACUAAUUACUUCCCAUAUAUCGCACGGCCUACUCUUACCGGCGACUUAAUGGCGAUUACUUUGAUAUGUUAUAUAAAGGUGUGAUUUUUUAGGGGGUUUUCAAAAUCCAUGACAUUAUAUCUAUAUAACCUCGAAAACCACUGGUUUAAAAAAUAGUGUAACUAUGUGUGGGGUAGUUGUGUUAAUUUACCCUGUAUCCUUGCCUUGUAUUUAACACAAACUAUAGUCAAACCUCCUGCCCCUUCACAUAUACACAAAUCCCUACUAUUAGCACUAAAUUUGUUAAACUACACUUAAAAUAUAUAUUAUAUAGAUUAUGGGGUCUUAAAUAAAUAAAGAGGUUAUACACCUUCACACCCGUCCCACCUUUGGCCCCAAUUUUCGUAACUAUUUUAAACCCCAUUAAUGUUUUAAGAUUUUUACCCUAUACCUAUUUAGUGCUAAACACUUAAGUUAUUGAAUCUUUUUAUUUUAUAUUUUUCAAAACCCUAAUUGUUUUCAAAACACUAC